CUGUCUCCUCCCACGGGAUCUGAGGCCGGCUCUACUAAACAAGAGAAAAAUGGAGCUUAUAGAAGCCACGCGAAAAUAGGGAAAAGCUCUCCUAAAGAAACCCAGCCGAAACCAAGCGGAAAUAACCCUAAACGGCCCAUGUUACAAGCCCCAUAUGUAAACUAUCCAUCCCGGGCUGUGAAUUCGACGGAAAAAAUAAUCUUGGAGUUUUAUAAAGUGGUUGAGUUCGUUGGAUCUCUCUGUUUUGGAGUUUUGAUGCUCCUCGCUAGUGCUUUUGUGUAGACGACGACGGACGGAAGCUUGCAUUGACGGCUAACUUGGAGCAGCAAAGCCUACGCGGUGUCCCCCACGGCCCGGGCUAGAAGCAAGCAACACUGGACGAAAGAUUGGAGUCAAGAAAGUAGGCAGCACGAAUGAAUACGCUGGGGAGCGAUAAGGAACUGAGUGAUCUCUUGGAUUUUAGCGCGAUGUUCGCACCACCGGGUUCAAUGGUCGGUAAAACAGCCGGGACAUUGGCCGAUGCUACGCUGUCUGGUUCACUCCACAGUCGAACAGGGACUUUAGAUGAAAAUUCCACGUGGCCCUCCACAGUCUCUGGUUUUGACAGGUCGUACCACUCCGAGAACCAUGGCCUUUAUAUCGAAGACGAUGGCGAAUUUCUUUCUCGGAAAAAUUCAAGUUUCUCGAAUUACCUAUCCUCGAACUCCCUGGCCUCACUAGGCAAGUCUAAAGAUCCAUACACAACAACAUAUUCCCCAGGGUACAGGGACCCUGGCCUGGGUACAAACCAGGGCUCAAACGAAGUAUCACUAUCUGGAAAUGAAUGGAGGUCAAGAAAGUACAAAUCAAGCAAAAGCAAUGGCUCCAUGUCUUCGGUUUACUCCCCCGGAGGAGAAGACAUGAUGGCCCAUCCAGACAGCGUUCCUCAGUCACAUUAUUCACCCAAGGGGGGGCUCUACGGCGAUUCUUACUUCAUAGAACACGGGUCACCAGACCCCUGGAGUCACUCCGGACAGCUCGGUACCACAUCAUCAGCUUACUCAACAUCAGGGGGGACAUAUGGCACGAACUACGGCAUAACAGCUAGGGAGGGGAUGAAGAAUCUGCACGGGGUGCCUGUCGCUGCUUUAGCUAAGGGCCCAAUGCACCAGCCAAGGGGCUACCAUCCCAUAAGUCAUAGCGAGAUGGAUAGAUUAGCGGGCUUGCCUCCGAUGUCGUCUUUCCGUCAGACGGCGACUCUCCACGGACAGACAUCACCCUAUCUCCACACGGUAUCUCCACCACUGAACGGCAACGAUAAUAUGGGCCACACAACCCGAGCACCAACUUCAGGCUCACAGACAGGGGACACACUAGGAAAAGCACUCGCUUCGAUCUAUUCUACCGAUAACGGCACUACAUACUCGUCCAAUCCAUCCACGCCAGUAGGCUCACCACCUCCACUCGCCAGCGUCUCAGAACGACCGCUAUCAGCCGGCUCAGGAGCAUCAGGCCACUCUUCUGGCUGGGGCCGCACGAAUCAACCUACGUCACCUCCUUAUGAAGGCCAUCUCCAUCCUAUGCGUGAAGCCACCAGACCGUCAGGCACGCCAAUGGAAUUACAGAAUAUGCAGUACAUGCCUCCAAAGCAAAGUCGUAUCGAGGAACGCCUGGAUGAUGCCAUCCAUGUGCUUCGUAACCACGCUGAGUCAAAUCUACAGCUCUACGGCGCCGCGGGGGGUCAAAUCAUCAGCACAACAGCAACUUCCGGAGCCGGCUACACUACAAGCGUCGGCGGUACUAUGCAGUCAGCAGUAUCUCAUUUGGACCAAUUACAGACCAGUAGUCAUGGAGGCAUGGAUGACGACCCGAGUAUGACGUCACCGAGUAGCAUGUCUAACAGAACCAUGUCCGUUUCGCAAAUGUCUCCUGCGACCUCGGAUAUCAGCGAAGUCAGAUAUGGCUCCAAAGGCGAUAAAGACGGUAAAAGCAAUAAUGACUCGGUGAAAGCCGAAGGGUUGGACAAACUAGAUGACCUUGACAAAGACAAAAGUCUGAUGGAUGAUCUUGGAGAUAAGGGCGACGAUGACGACUUGCUUGGGAAUGACAGGGACCGCAUGGUACGCGAACAGGAGAGGAGAUACGCGAACAACGCCAGGGAAAGGGUGCGGGUUCGAGACAUAAACGAAGCCUUCAAAGAAUUGGGUCGAAUGUGCGACAUGCAUAUGAAGGGAGACAAAACGAGCACCAACAGUAAACAAACAAAGGAGCGACAGGCAGUUGCUAAAGCCCGACAGAAGGAUUGGUCCUUAAAUGAUGCAUCUUACGGUAGUAACGUGCCGCAAACCAAGCUUGUAAUUCUUCACCAAGCAGUGUCAGUUAUUACAAGUCUCGAAUCCCAAGUCAGAGAACGCAACCUUAAUCCUAAAGCCGCAUGCUUGAAAAGGAGAGAAGAGGAGAAGGUUGAAGAGGAAUCGCCCGAAAAAAGGGCUGUACCGGGAGUAGACAAACCUUUCGAUAACAGUGCUGUGCGAGGAAACAACCGAGCGGGCCGCCGGGGACGAAGGUCUUCAAGAGGAGCAGAAGACCAAACGCCUGUCGUCGUAUGCCUAGUCGGUCCACGCCGAGGAACAACCGCCCCUGGUUCCCAUGGCGACAGCUCAAACGACCAAUCAUCACGCUCCGCGCCCAACGAAGCCGCCAUGAAUGGCUGACACCAUGGAACCCAAACAGAUUUCUAACAGAUUUUUACUAAAGGAAAUAUAAUCUAAAUUUGACUCCUGUGUAGCCUUUCAAAAAAAAAGAAAAAGGAAAAAACUUUUAAGGCUGUAAAAAGAUUUCUCCAAGCAUAAUAAGUUUAUCUGUUUUCGCGCCUUUUAUGACCAUAUGUGAAGAGUACUGUUGUAUAUAAAUGAUUUGGAAUGUAAUUGUCAGAACCUGUAGAGCUUUUAGUGAGAAUAGGGCAAGCUUUGAUAAAGGCUAUAGGAGAACA